UCGCGGCGUGCGGGAAUGGAUACCGUGGCUGGUGCCGCUUCCCAUGCUCUGGCGGGACUCAACAUUUGACGGGUUCGAACCUCUCCUUAGGCAGAUAUUUGGUUUCAGAGGUUUUCCAUGGGACUGCUCAACGGACAGCAAGCAUCUCGAACGGGAUGAUGGCGUCAACAACGGUGUACUGGGAAGUCCUGGCAACGGCGAAGGAGGCGGCCCGACUUGCUGGAAAGCACAUGCGGGCUCAUUUGGGAUCCGUGAGCGCGGCCGCCGCGUCGAAGAGCAACAAGGAUGACUUGGUCACGGUGGUCGACAAGCAAUGCCAGGAAAUUAUUGCCGCCCAGAUCGCAGCCAAGCACCCGACGCACCGCAUGCUGGGCGAAGAAGACGUGGAUGCAGGAAGCGAUGCGUCGAAAGCUGCCAUUCAGUCGAUGGACGGGACGCAGUGGCUGUGGGUGGUCGACCCAAUCGACGGCACGACCAACUUCGUCCACGCGCGUCCAGCCAGCGUCGUGUCGAUCGCGGUCGCGUUGGAAGGGGUCGUCGUCGUUGGCGUGAUAUAUGAUCCGUAUCGCGACGAGCUCUUCAGCGCACUGCGCGGCCAUGGCGCGUAUUUGAACGACGUUGCGAUCCACGUUAGUCAAAACGAGCAGACGUUCUCGCAGGCGCUGGUGGGAUUUGGCAUUGGGACCAAACCCAGUGUUCGAUUGCCCAUGCUCGACGUGAUCGCUUUGUUCUCACGCACAUGCCGCGGGCUGCGUCUGCAAGGCGCCGCCGCGUUGGAGCUGGCCUGGACCAGCUGUGGCCGUCAAACGGGCUUUUACGAGCUGGAUUUGAACUCGUGGGACGUCGCUGCUGGCUCGUUGCUCGUGUCGGAAGCUGGGGGCCACGUCUCGGACUCGACGGGCGCUCCGUUCACUCUGCAUACCCGUCACAUUGUCGUGUCGAAUGGACAGGGCACCAUCCACCAAGAUUUGUUGCGGUAUUUGCAUGCUUGUACGACUUUAAGUUCUUGCUGACAUGCGGCUUCCCAUCCUAGAUGCAUUGCCGAUGCCAACGCAACACAUCCACGCUAGAGCGUCGACAACGCCGCCAUUAAUUCACUCCAACUUCUUGCAUCACAGGGUGGCUUUGGUUGCUCUAGGUGAUGGAUUUGCAAGCUCCCAUGCAUAGGAUUGCUUGAUUCGUUUCAACGACCUGUCGGCUUGCCGCAGCCGCUCUCGAUGGAUGGCCUGACAUGGGACGUUGACUGGAGAGAACCGUCAUCGCCAAAGACGUUCAUUUCUUCUUGGCAGGUGUCGCAGGUGACCUCUUCACAGGGGAGCUUUUCGUCGAUGGUUGGGUGGAGGAUUUUCCGGGGCUCGCGCUGUUUGGUUGUGGUUUGGACUUGCCAGAUGUUGCUCGGCCACUUGCGGCAGCUCCACGAGAAGGUGUGCCGGGCUUGGUUUUCUGGUUCGGCGUCGACGUUCUGUUGUUAGAUGGUGGCCGCUUUGUGCUGUUGGCCUUGGUCGAGGUUUGGAGCUUUGCCUUGGCGUCCGCUGCAGCCUUCUUCUCGGCCAAAAUCGCCAAGUGCUUGCCCCACUCUACGACCAUGCGCUGCGAGAGCUCUUCCCGCAUCAUGGCACACCGUUCGUUCAUCACGAUGGUGGCUGCAUCCCACUUGAUGCCAAUGCAAGAGUACAUCGUAUCCUGGUACGCAUGCCACACAAGUGCUGUGUCGUGCACGAUUUGGUCGACAUGGAGCGGUGAUGUGUUCAUCGGAAGCCUGCGGUACAAGGCACACGAAGUUGUCAAGGCUGCAGUGGUGGUCGAGUCGGCGCCGCCCAAAUCCAGCACCAUUUUCACGUUCGCGCCGUGUUGAAUGAGCCGGGUGACGUCGCCUGGUUGGAUGCGGGGCCAGUUGUACACGAGCACACUUCCAGACGCUUGAAUUGCCCAGGCAAGGCGCUCGUGGGCCAUCGGGAUUUCCCCCAUUUCAGUGUCGCUGCCA